UUUUUUUUUUUUUGGUGGUUUAGAUUGUUGGUUUCGAUUCUUGUUCGUCUAAAUUGAAACUGACAAUUUAGUCUUUAAGAUAUCUAAACUGCAAUAAUAUUCUAUGGUUCUUUUACGCAAUAUGCAAUAUCAUCAAUCUCAUCGAUAAAGCUACCCUCGAUUAAUCCAGGAAUUCUGAAAUGAGAGCUUGUAAUCUUUAACUAUCACUGAGAUAUCUAACUCGAAGCUUCGAAUCAUUCCGAAUCAUUAAUCGAAUUCUAUCUCGAUGUUCUUAAUACGAUCUAAUCAAAUCUUCAGAAGUUCUAAAUUUCAAGAUUCGAUUAGGGGCGAUUCUAAAUGUUUAAUCGACACUGCCGAGACAGGUAAAUCUUAACAAUAUCGCACCACUUAUCUAUAAAAUACCUAAACCACAAAUUGAAGCUCAUUUCAAACAUUCUGGAAACCUCACACGCCAUCAAAUUCCAUCUAACGAAAUGAAAAUUGCCAGUCGAAUUCUACCUCGAUAUUAUAUUAUCGAUCGCCAAACAAAGAUUCCAAAUUCAAGAUAGCAAGUUCAAGAUCGCUUAAAUCUUAACAAUACCGCCUGUCCAUAAUAAAAUACGAAAAGCCACGAAUCUUGUCAUUUCUUAGCAUCUCAGGAACGACACCAUCGCCAUUUCUCAAUUGAAAUCAAAUUGAAACCCCCAAACCAAUAGAACGUACACCACCGAUCGGACCCUAUCUCAAUAUUCCUGACAUCGCUGUCAAAUCAUCGAAUCUUCAGAAAUUUCUAAUUCUGGAUAGCAACGUCGAACUUCCAACCAACAUCCCUUAAACAGCUAAAUUUUAACAUUAGCGCACCGCCGCUCUGUAAGUUACUCAAACCACCAAUCAAACCCUCUCUAAACAUCCUGAAAACCACGCUCAUCAUCAAAUUCCCUAAUUGGGAAUUGAAAAUAAAUUGAAAGUAACAACGUCGAACUAAGAGAAUCAAACCCAGCGGUCGAGCCCUGUCUCAGCAUCCUCGAAACUGAGCUUACCAUCAAAUGCUCAACUGGAAAUUGAAAAGAAAUUCAAGGUAACCACCCCGUGUGUUGCACGAGCAGUGUACGUCACUGUCGUGCGAUAUUGAUCCUCGGAAGCGUCGUGCAUCUGGUUGAGAACCACGGUCAGUAUUCACCCUUUCCACUUCUCUACGUUCAGAGGCGGAUCCGGCAUGAACCAAUCGUCUUUGUUCCUCGGUUUCCCUUAGUUUGCUCGAAACGUCCCGCCUUCGACCCUUACCCUUCAGUCGAUGGUCUACGACCGAUAGGUGGGAAUGAUUUUCACUGUCGAUGCGGUGGCUGGAGUCAAAAAAGCCUGAGAGUUCGGCUGGUAGAAACGUUGGAGCAGUUAUCGCCUGAACGUGACACCAACAAGUCUCGUCGACCUAUUAAUACAAGAAAACCACCCUUGAACACGGUGGUCUAAAAACAGAAAGAUAACACAGAAGCCGAAGAUGGUAUCAACCACGAAGUGCAGUUUCCAUCGCUGUUGGAAAUCCGUGAGAGUGUCUGGCAUCGCUCACAGGAUCUUUUCUUGAGACCUAUCGCCGCGUCGAAGGACGGGAGAGGGUUGAUUAAUCGGACGAUCGGACAACGUGACGCUUUAGUGAAUUCGGAUUUUUCUCUUUGCGACUCGAGAACGUUCUUUUAAAGGGAAGUAUCGACUCCGACGGACGUGGUGUCGAAGGACUUAGAAGUUUCACAUUGUUCUUACACAGGACACGUUCGUUGUUUCAUGGUUUUUACGUAAAGUGACUGAAUUUUGUUCUUUUUUCUUUUUUUCGAAAAGUGAUAUCGAAUGAAAAGAGGAAUCGUCGAGGGGGGAUAAUCGAAGGAAGAGAAGGAAAAAAAGAUUGUUAGAAAGUGUUGCUUGUGAAAAAGUGGUGGGGAGGAGUUGAGAAAUUGACAGCUCGAGGGCACGAGGAACCAUGUUGGAAUUCUACCCUCCGCUUCCUAGUAGCUUGAACCGGCAGAGUGAGUCGGGCCCACCAACUAUGGUCUCCGCUGCACCACCGAUUCCUUUUCGACCUGCCAACGACAAUAACGACGCAGAGCCGUCAGUUUCAGUGAAAACGGAGUCCUGCCUGCUGGAGACGAUCUGCGCUGGUUGCGGUCGUACGAUAGUCGACAAGUACGUGAUGCAAGUCGCUGGAAGGAACUACCACGAGGAAUGUCUUUCGUGUGCCGCGUGUGCAACACCGCUUACGCAUUCAUGUUUCAUCCGUGAGCUAAAACUCUACUGUCGAAACGACUACGAGCGGAUCUUCGGUGUGAAGUGUGCACGUUGCAUGGAGAAGAUCAGCUGCUCGGAUUUCGUAUUAAGGGCUCCGGGUUUGGUGUUUCACGUGGAGUGUUUCGCGUGUUGCAUGUGCGGCCAACCAUUACUUCCUGGCACCCAGUAUUUUCUCCGUCAGGGACAACCCAUCUGUCGAAGGGACUAUGAACACGAAUUGUACUUAAACAGCCCUCAAGACGAUGAUCUACUGGACGAAAAUCGGCCCCGCGAUGGUCGUCGGGGUCCCAAGAGACCGCGGACGAUCCUCACGUCGGCGCAGAGGCGCCAAUUCAAAGCGGCGUUCGAGGUAUCACCGAAACCCUGUCGAAAGGUUCGAGAGGCCCUAGCAAAAGAGACGGGCCUCAGCGUGCGCGUGGUUCAAGUCUGGUUCCAGAACCAGCGGGCGAAGAUGAAGAAGUUGCAGAGGAAAGCGAAAACCGAGCCUGGAUCCGAUAAGGAACCGAAGGAGGAACGCCGAACGGAGAGUCCUCAUAGCGAUCACAGUCAUUACUUGAACGCCAUGAACAUGCGCGACGGGGAAUCUUCUAGCUUCCCCUCAAGCACCCAACCGCUCAACCCCAAUAACCCGUACUCGCCUGACGACGCUUAUCCAGGCCACUCGGGUGAGAGCUUCUGCAGCAGCGAUCUGUCGUUGGAUGGUACGGAGGCUGGCUUCGACAUAGGCGAGAACGAGGGUGGCGGCGGCCAGGAGGGUGGCCAUCAAGCUAGCAGCCACUCCCACCACGGGCCAACGUCCCACGAGGCGCCGCCGUUGUCCCAGAGUUUACACGCGACGAUUCACAAUCCCAUCGACAAACUUUUUAUGAUGCAGAGUAGUUACUUCAGUGGUGACCACGCGUAAUCCGCGAAAAGAAAAGAAGAAAACGAAGAAAAAAGAUAGAAAAGGAGAAAAAAUGAAACAAUGUUCUGCUCUUUUUCUCGCGACUGGUUCUCCCCUGCCUCGUCGACAUAGCUGGUCCCUGCGCGAUGUGUCCUAUAGUCAUAUUUGUUGCCUCGGCAGAUUGUUGUUAACAAACGUAAUUCGUCGAUUCCGAAUUGAGAUUUUUCUAUGUCGGCGUUAUUUUGCAAUGUGUCAAAGUAAUUCCGUUGACCCUCUCUGAAUAAAAUCAAACCAAAAGAAAACAUUCAGGCACUUAUUAAAUUAAAUCUUGAACUAUCCAAUAUUUGGAUAUUUUAAUGGAUUAAUGUUCGAGGAAUAUUAAACAAUUGGUUGACAUAUUCGAGAAAUUCAUAAUGAAAUUUCAGAAAAAAUUUCAACGAUUGAAUUAAUUAGUACGAAUUAAGAUGAUAAUGACACUAAGUAAUGAAACUUGUCGUUAAUUGUGGAAAGAUUUCAGUACACGUACUGUUCAAUUUCUGAAGUAAAUUUUACAAAUUAUUUGACUGCAUUCUAUUUCGAAGAAGAAGGAAUAUAAUAAGAAAGUCAAAAUAUUUCUCGAUUUUUAAAAAGUAGGAAGAAAAUGACGCAUGUUUAUAUGAAUUAAAAUUGAUUCAGGAAGGGUCGACUUGCAGAUCGUAGCAUUGCAGUAUGAGUUACAGGAAAAUUAAUAGCCGAGCUAUUAGGUUCGACAAGAACCAUUUACUAGGAAUCAUGUGAACUAGUUAAAAUUACAAUACAUUGUAUAAAAAAGAAAAGGUGUUUUCUUGGCUAAACAAUAAUUUCUUUAUAUCCUCUUUUUUCUUAUUUUUCACCAGUCGUAUGAUAACGACGAUUAUAUUAAAAAAUUCGAUAACCACUCAAGUGGGUAUAUUAGGUUAUAAGUUUAUUUAUUUGAUAAUUAUUAUAAUAAAUCGAUAAAGCAAUUAA